AUGGAACACGUUUUCGAGUUUGAGCAGCGUGCACUGCGGGAAAACGUGGAGCUGCUAGACGAUUCGUCGCUAGCGAAUCUCCGUCGAUACAAGUACUCGUCAGUAGACUUGUCGCCUACGUCCAAAUACAUUCUGAACCCGUUUUGGACUUGGGUUGCGGGGUUUAUGCCUCCUUGGCUUGCUCCGAACAUGAUCACGCUAAUCGGCAUCAGCGCGAUUGUCUCCAAUCUGCUAUUGGUUCAGAUUUAUAUCUCUGACUUCGAGUCACAAGCCCCAAUGUGGGUAUAUUUUUGGUUUGCAUUUAGCUUGCUAUUUUACCAGACCAUGGACAAUGUUGACGGAAAACAGGCUCGAAAGACAGGCACCAGUUCUCCAUUGGGAGAGCUUUUCGACCAUGGAAUUGACUCGCUCAACUGCUGCUGGGCUGGCGUGGUCACAUCGGCAAGUAUGGGCCUAGGACUCACCUGGUACAGUGCUGUGAAUGCUAUGGCUACUUGUGUUGCCAUGUAUUUUAGCACCUGGGAAACAUACUACACACACACACUGUUUUUAGGGUUCUUGAAUGGGCCUACUGAGGGCUUGCUUGUUGUUGUUGUCAUUCAUAUCGUCACAGGUAUUUAUGGCCCGCAGAUCUGGAACAAUGAAAUCUUCGGCGUGGGGUUAAAGCCCCUGUACGGAGUGAUAGUUAUUUUGAGCGUCACAGUCGCACACGUCCCGGCAUGUCUUGGCAAUGUCAAGGCCGCUCUUGCCGAGCGUAAAGAGCUGGACAGGCUGCCAAUGGCCUUUCGCACAACAAUGCCAAUCGUUGCAAUGGUCGCGUCGGUUGCUCUCUGGCUGUCAAGUCCAGUCUCCUCGGUCUUGGACAAUAACCAUCUGUUCUUGUAUACCAUGGCUGUGUCGUUCACAUUCGCCCGUGUCACCACGUCGAUUAUUCUCAGCCACCUUUGUUUCCAGUCAUUCCCCGUUCGUUCGUUCAGCGUGAUGUGGGUCUAUCUUGGUGGCUUUGUAUACGGUAUUCUCGGCCGCUUGGGCAUCAACAUGAACUACUUUGUACCAGAAUACGCCUAUCUCUGGCUGUGGUUUAUCUUUGCCUUUGGCUACUUUAUGUGCUAUGCUAAUAUGGUGAUUGACAAGCUAUGUUCAUACUUGGGCAUCCGAGCAUAUACCAUCGGCCCCCGCCUGACAACGUAA